AUGGAUAAUAAUAUGCCUAAGCUUCAACCGCAGUACGCAUUGAUGGAUUGGUCGUCCCUUAUUCCUGAUCUGUUGGUGGAGAUAGCCACACGCUUACCAGAUGUAGAGGAUUUCAUGGCAUUCAGAGGGGUGUGCGCUUGGUGGCGAACCGCUGUCACCAAAGAUAAGUUCGGUCCUUCUUGGCCGAGAGUUCCAUUGCUUAUGUUGGUGGAAAAAGAAGAGGAGGGAAGUAUGGAACGGGAGUUUUAUAGCCUAUCAAAAAGCAAAGUUUGCAUGAGAUCAUCCCUUCCACUAGCCAAGGGUAAACGAUGCUUUGAAGUGAGGUUUGGAUGGUUGAUGUCCCUCGCAGAUUACGAUGAGGUUACUUUAUGGAACCCUCUCUCAGGUCUGCAGUUUGGACUCCCCGAUUUCCAAGGGUUCCCUGACUAUAGAGAUUGCGACCCUUUAAUUUUCAUAACCAAAGCGGUACUAUCAGAGAAUCCAUCUAAGGUGUCAGAUUUUACUUUAGUGGCUAUUUGUCGUUCGGUGUUUUUAGUUUUCUGGAGGCCUGGAAAUAGGAAUUGGACGCUGAUCAAAACCAAGAGAGACUCCGCUUUCUUGGAUGUGAAUUACUUCAAAGGCAAGUUCCACGCAAUCAAUACUUGCGGAAACAUCUGGGUUUGGGAUGGUAAUACGCCCCUUGCCCACAUUGUCCUCUCCAUUAAUUUUUAUCUACUCCCUCGCUAUAGUAAGUUGUACUUAGUGGAAUCAUCAUCAAAGUACUCCUCCGAGACGGGGGAAGCAGAAUUAUUGUUGAUUUUGCGAUUAGAGAAUAUGUAUGAGGACGGUGACGACUCUUCUGAUGAGGAGGCUGAUCAAGUAUAUAAGACUAAGUACUUUUACACCAGGCAUUUUAAAGUUUAUCAAUUGGAUACGGCGAGAAACGACUGGGCGGAGAUUCCUCAUUUGGGAGGCGAUGCAUUGUUUGUUGGGUAUAAUGCCACAAUCGCGGUUCCGGGGUCCGAACCAAAAACAAGAAAUGGAAUAAAACCUAAUUGUAUAUAUUUUUCGGACGAUAGAUGGUUGACAUUCCAGGAAAUGGGAGGAGGUGGGAGAGAUAUGGGAAUCUAUAAUAUGGAAGAUGGAAACGUUGAACGUUUGGAUGGCCUUGACGUUGGCAUUGAUGUUCAAGAUAAGUCCGUUCUAAGUUUCAUCUCUCCACCCUUGUGGAUUCCCCCUAACACUUGA